GCGGCCGCGGGGUGCGGCAGGAUGGAGGCGUUGGCGGAGGCUGGAAACCUGGCCGGCGUCCAGCACAUCAUCCUCGUCCUCUCAGGAAAAGGGGGGGUCGGGAAAAGCACCAUCUCCGCGGAGCUGGCCUUGGCCCUGCGCCAUGCGGGCAAGAAGGUGGGGAUCCUCGACGUGGAUCUGUGUGGCCCCAGCAUCCCCCGCAUGCUCGGAGCACAGGGCAGGGCCGUGCACCAGUGUGACGGCGGCUGGGUGCCCGUCUAUGUGGACCAGGAGCAGAGCAUCUCCCUCAUGUCUGUGGGCUUCUUGCUGGAGAACCCCGACGAGGCGGUGGUGUGGAGGGGCCCCAAAAAGAACGCGCUGAUAAAGCAGUUUGUGUCCGACGUGGCGUGGGGGCAGCUGGACUACCUGGUUGUUGACACGCCGCCGGGGACGUCCGAUGAGCACAUGGCCGCCGUGGACGCCCUGCGCCCCUACAGCCCCCUGGGGGCCCUCGUGGUCACCACGCCCCAGGCGGUGUCCGUGGGGGACGUGAGGAGGGAGCUGACCUUCUGUAGGAAGACGGGGCUGCAGGUGCUCGGGGUGGUGGAGAACAUGAGUGGUUUCGUCUGCCCACACUGCGCAGAGCGCAGCAGCGUCUUCUCCCAGGGAGGCGGGCAGGAGCUGGCCCGUCACGCCGGAGUCCCCUUCCUGGGCUCCGUGCCUCUGGACCCCGAGCUCACUAGGAGCCUGGAGGAGGGUGGAGACUUCAUCCGGGAGUUCCCUGAGAGCCCCGCCUUCCCCGCGCUCCUGUCCAUAGCCCAGAAAGUUCUGACUGAGGCGCCUGCUCGGCUCUCGUGACUGAAGUGCCCCACUCCGCCCGGGUCUCCUGGCCGCGCACGCCCAGAGCCAAGCAGAGGGGGUGUGGUGCCAGCAUCUUCCCGCCCCAGCCCUGCCCCUGGAGCCUGUCCGGUGCUCCGGUAGCAUCUGGAUGGCAGAGUGGCCGACAGUGAGUGGCUCCCCCAGGUUGGCCUGUGGCCGGGCCCAGGAGGAGGUGUGGGGCCCUGGUGGACUGAGCUGUGCCGUGACGGCUCGUUCCCGCCUCCCCUCACGGUGCUCCCGCGCACCCGACCCGCAGCCAGGCUGCCCCUGGCAGCCAUGUGAGCUGGGCCACAAAGCCCCUGUGUCUGGAAAGUUGCUGGGGCCUCUGCUGUCCUCGGGGUCCCCGUGCGUGAUGGUGGUGAUGGAAGGGAGCGUGUCGCGAGGAGUUAAGCUUGUCACUUGAGACAAACCCACCAUUAAACCUUUUCCACCGCCGCGA